CUGGUGGGCUACAUUAGACGGAGGUUUAGUUUUCAGGAAGUGUUGCGACAGCGGCAAUGUGAGACAGAUCUGAAGAAGCCAUGUGAUGAAGCUUACUUCCUCUAACUGUCUGCGUCUCGUCUUCUGUGAUCCGACGCUCUGCGAUGGCGAGUACGAGAAUCACCAACCUCCAGGCGGUGAAGCCUCCGGUUCUUCCUCCGGUUCUUCCUCCGGUUCUUCCUCCGGUUCUUCCUCCGGUUCUUCCUCCGGUUCUUCCCCUGCAGAGCAGCACAGCAGCACAGGGAGCCGUUCAGAUGCGCAUCAAGAACAACCAGAGCUCCACUGAGCGCCUCAGUCAGUCCAAGUCCAUGGUGCUGCAGGAGUCCGACCUCCCUCAGAAACCGAUCUCUCGGCAUCGCAGGAAUCAGUCGCAGCACAACGUUCUUGUUUCAGGAGUCGCAUUAUUUGAGCCACUGGUGGAGCUGAAAGAACACCUGAACGUCGCUAAAAUCUCAGAGAGCGGGAAGAAGCAGAGGAAGAACUGGGCUUUGAUGUGGACGGUGCUGACCUCAGACCAGCUGCUCCUCUACAAAGACAAACAAGAAACUAGUCAGAAACCAGGAGGGAAGACAGAUGUGGUCCAGCUGUGUGGAGCCGUUAUCGAAUGGGCAAAAGAGAAAUCCAGCAGGAAGAAUGUUUUCCAGAUCACAACAAACACUGGCAGUGAAUACCUCAUCCAGACUGAUAGCUCCUCUACAGCCAACAAAUGGUGCGACGCCAUCAGAAAGACCAUCAACUCCUCAACUAAAGAUGAACGAGGUUUUCCUCUGCGGAGGUCCAACAGUACCGAGUUCCUGCCCAGACACAGUUCUCUACCCAGCUAUGGUUCUGCCUCCCCGAACACCAAGAGACAGAACCCGAUCCACAGACGUUCCAUCAACAUGUUCGGCAGCUCCAAGCUGAAGCACAGCACCUCAGACAGCGCCGACAAGAACGGAGUGAAGAACCGCCUGAAGAAGUUCAUCACAAGACGUCCAUCCAUGAAGACGCUGCAGGAGAAAGGCCUCAUCAAAGAUCGAGUGUUCGGCUGCCAUCUGUUGACUCUCUGUGAACGUGAAGGAACGACGGUACCAAAGUUUGUCCGGGUUUGUUUGGAAGCCGUCGACAAGCGAGGUCUGGAUGUUGACGGCAUCUACAGAGUCAGUGGAAAUCUGGCCACAAUCCAGAAACUCCGCUUCAUCAUUGAUCAAGAGGAGGACCUGGACCUGGACCACAGUCAGUGGGAGGACAUCCACGUUGUCACCGGAGCCCUCAAGAUGUUCUUCCGUGAGCUGCCUGAGCCGCUGUUCCCCUUCAGGUUCUUCCAGCAGUUUGUGGAGGCCGUCAAAAUCAAAGAAUCCAAACAGAAAAUUCAGGCUGUGAAGAAACUGAUCCAGCAGCUGCCAAAACCCAACCAGGAAACCAUGAAGCUGCUCUUUAGCCACCUGCACAGAGUCCUGGCCUUCUCCAAGAAGAACCUGAUGUCCACUCAGGGCAUCGGCAUUGUGUUCGGCCCGACGCUGAUGUGGCCCGAGCUGGACGGAGGGAACAUGGCGGUGAACAUGGUCUACCAGAACCAGAUCGUGGAGUUCAUCCUGAUCGAGAGCCGAGAGAUCUUCAACAUGGACGGGAAGUAAAACGAGUCGGAACCAGACGGACUGAAACAGAUUCCUUCUGACGAUACAGAAAACUUCUUUUAAUGAAUGAAUUAUUGCUUAACUGCCAUCAUCCAAACCUCGUUUAAUAACAAACCUUUUUAGCAACUUUACCACAUCCAUAUAAUGUACUGCAAAUAAAUAUUUUUAACUGUGUAUUUAUAACGUACAUCUGUAUAUUUGUAAAAAUGAUGGAAUGAUGGUAAAUAAUGGAAAUUAAAAGUGUGAAAUUCGGACCAAA